UGUGUCAAAUAAAUAAAAUCUUUUAAAAAAAUGAAAUGAAAUAUACAAGGUACUCUCCAUUCGGUGGCAGCCACUGAGCAGACCAGUCAUCACUCACUCACACACCUCACCUCUUUCCCCUUCCUCUGCAACCAUGUUUGAGAAACAUGAUAUGGCUAAGAUUGAGAAAUCUGGUAAGUCGAAAUUGAAGAAGAUAGAAACACAAGAGAAAAAUCCACUGCCUUCAAAAGAAAUGAAUGAACAGGAGAAGAAAGCAGAUGAAUCAUAACAAGGCAUGCAAUGCCAAUAUGCACUGCACAUUCCACAAGCAUUGCCUUCUUAUUUUACUUCUUUUAGCUGUUUAACUUUGUAAGAGGCAAAGACGUUGGAUCAAGUUUAAAUGACUGUGCUGCCCCUUUUCACAUCAAAGAACAGAGAACUACUGACAAUGAAAGCAUCUGCCUCUCCCAUCUGCCUGUCUGGCUGGCAGGGAAG